AUGUUCGAGACACUGGUGACGGGACUCUUGACAAGCGCAUUGGGCAGCUAUAUCGAGCCAAAGUGUUUUAGUAGUGACAAAAUCAAUGUGGCAGUGUGGUCAGGGUACGUAGUUCUCACAGAACUGGAGAUUAGAUCCGAAGUCUUGGCAGAUUUCCCUGCUGUUAAGCUAGUGCGUGGUAUCGUGGGCUCCAUUGAACUGAAGAUCCCAUGGAAUCGCCUUCAGUCUGAUUCGGUGGUAGCCACCGUAGAUGACGUAUAUUUACUUUUACGAACAGAAGAGGAUAUUGACUCUGUUAUGCGCCACAUGGAUGAGUUUACGCUUCAAAAAAGGAUGUUGGAGGAGCUUUACACACAAGCUAAGCGCCAUAAGCAAACGACCGAAGGAGCUGAAAUAGGAAGUACUGAAGACGGAUUUGCAGCCAGAUUAAUCAAUAAGAUAAUUGACAAUUUAGAGCUACAUAUUCGUCGAAUCCAUAUUCGCAUAGAGGAUUACAGCACAGGGGAACAUCCAUUCGCCGUGGGUCUCGCGAUCGAGUCGGUGCACGUGCAAUCAACUAAUUCUCACUGGCAACCAACAUACGUAGAUACGUCGAAGAGCAAUGAACCACGAAUCUACAAGAGUGUGGAUCUUAAUCACUUAAGUGUGUAUUGCAACCCAGACUGUAAGUUGCAACGUGACCACCAACUUGACUUAGAGACGUGCUCUGUGGAAGAGUUUUUAAACGCUUUUAGCCGAUCAAUUCCAAAACGAUUUGAUGAUCGACAUUAUCAUCAUAUGCAACUGUAUCCGUCUCAACAACAGCACCAUUUCAUUCUGAAACCUGUUGAUGCCAAUGCGAGGCUUAUUGUAAAUCGCGAUGUUUUUGACACAAACGUGCCAAAAUUUGAGGUAGAUGUCAAGAUUUAUGACAUAGCUUUUCGACUAGAAGAAUCGCAGUACUGUGAUCUACUAUACCUAGCGUCAGUGCUUCAAGCUCAGACUUAUCACAGAAAAUAUUAUCGGUUUCGCAAGUUUAGACCGCAAGCAAAUGUGCUUGAUGAACCUGCACAAUGGUGGAAAUAUGCUAUCACCUCAGUAACGGAAGAUUUAAGAAUAAAAAAGCGACAAUGGACUUGGGAAUUCAUGCAGAAACGGCGAGAAGACCGAAAGCAUUAUGUGACAUUGUGGCAGCACAAAUCACGUCAGCUCUUGGAGCUUUCAGAUAUGGAUUACGUCAAUUUUGACAGCGAUGAUAAUGAUGACGAUAUUCAUGUCAGUGACAUGCCCAAACUUUCAUUUCUCGAGGUCGACGGAGGGCUUGAAGAAAUUGAACGUCGUCGAAGUAUUGAAGAUAUACUAUUUUUUCGUUACUUAGGCGAUCUUGAGAUUCAAAAAUAUCAAGCCUUGCGCGCAACUCGUGAUCGACAUCGACUGCCGACGCCCCCGUCACAUACUUCCCGAGACUUCUCAGAUACCGCGUCUCUAGACACGGACAUUACUGAAACUAGUGUACCAGCUGAAAUUCGCUACCGAUCCUGGGGUGCGUGGAUGUUCGGCUGGACGUCUAGGUUGGCUGUAUCUUCUACAGAAGAAGGGCAGAUGCCCCGUCGAAUCAUCCCUGAAGUGGAGCUCCGAGAAUUAUUUAACAUACUAGAAGAACCUUCUCGGCGCCUGAAAAAACGCGCGCAUAACCUUCAUGAGCCGGGUGGACAGGACAGUCUGUCGGAUGGUGAGUCCCAGAUAGAACUCAGCGAGCUUUUUCGGAUCACAAUAUCACUGCAGCGUGGUUCACUCACAUUGGCCAGUGACCCAGAGACCAAUGUACUGCUGCUUCGUGAUGACCCACAUUACGGGCUAAAGUAUACUCCCACUGAAUUCCUGCUGGGAACUUUUUCUCAUUUGCAACUAGCUGCUGUAGCAAAGGAUGAAACGGUGGUAGUGGAUAUGUCGUUGCAAAGUAUUGAGGCGUUCGAUGAGAGUGCAGAAAGUUCUGCAUUUUCCCGCUUAGUGACAAGAAAACAGAGUAUUCAUCCGACUGGCGACGGAGAUGACAUUAACGUCAGCAAACUAUCUGGUGUUGUUUUUUUGAUGAGCUUUGAGAUGCAUCCAGUCAAUUCUAAUGCAGAUGCGUCACUGUUUAUUCAUAUGGAGCCCUUGGAAAUUGUGAUGUCACCAACAGCGCGAUGUUGGGGUCGCUUAGCAAAAUUUUUGGAAACUCCUGGCAGAUUAGGAUUGUGGGAAGAACUUGAGGUUGCUUCAUUCAAUAAUAUUGUCAAUUUGAAAACUCGAACAGAAGCUAAAUUAAAUCACGUGAUGGACAAUCGAGUCGCAUUGGCCAUGGAUCUUCGGAUACAAGCACCGGUUAUCAUUGUUCCUGAGAGUGACACCGACUACAGCUGUGCCCGACUUGUAGUGGAUUUAGGACGGAUCAAUCUACGUACUGAUCAUCUCUGUCAAAAGGACAAAAAGCGAAGGGGUAUCAAUCUGGAUGAUAAUCCGCUUUUGAGUAAAUCAGAACCAGAUUAUCUACGAAGUCCAUCUUAUUUUCAUGGGGUAGAUCCAAACACGUCGUUUGUUCAGCACUUAUCCGACGAAGUAGAGAAAGGAGAGGGUGCGGGUCGAUGGAAAGAGGAGUUCUAUGACAAGUUUAGCCUGUCUGUGACAGAUAUUCAUGUGUUAAUAAUUCCAUACGGAAAUACGAUCAUGGCACACGAUUCUGGUGCCGGAGGCAACGGGAUGACUUCACAGCCUACUUCCUUUUUGAAGUUCAUGCCAAACAAUUACGACGAGGAAAAAGGGUACGAGCUGAUUGAACGCUUUAACAUCAACUUCACCAUUCGUAUGUCAAGUCUGCCGCUUGAUGCCACGCUGACACGUUUUUACGUCCAUGCGGACCUUCCAGCCUUAACUUUUAACGUUUCACUCGAGAAGUACUUCCAGCUUGUGGCACUGGCCGGUCGUUUUAGCGUUACAAACACUGAGAAACUUUAUAAGUCGCAAGAAUAUCGAAAAGGUGAAUUUGACGCUCCAGCAUAUAAAAGUUUUGAUUGGGAAUUGUCAAAUUCAGACGAGAUGACUGACGCAGUAAGGAAGGAUGAUUGUGUCAGCGCGUCAACAAUAAAUAAAUUUAUGUUGAGAAAUACAGACUUUAAUCCACCGUCACUUGCCGGUGUAUUGCCAGAUAAUGGAGAUGAUUCCGACAAAGACUCAAGCAUUGAAAGUGAUGACACAUGGUUUAGCAUCACCAGUGGUAACGUGGAUCUAGCCACGCCAAGUAAUGGUGCAGGUGGACCGGAGCCACUUUUUUCUAUUGAUACAACGACAGCCGAGCUGAACAUAAGUAGCACUUCUUCACAGCCAAAGAUUACAGCACGAAAUCGGCUCCGACCUAGUUCCCCUAACCGAAGCUCAAAGCUGCUUGAUCGUCGAUUUUUCGUAUGCUCCUUCACUGUUCCUUUGAUAGUGAUGCAGCUAGAAAAACCUCGGUUGCCUGAACUAUCUCCCUAUCUUAUCGACUCCGGUGAUUUUGAUGUUGACCCUGCUGACAAUGGCAGCAUAAAUUUGAAGCUCCAAGGUUUUCGAAUUCGCGCUAGUCAGAAGACUUUAUCUACUCAAGUAAAUGUAAGCUUGACGUCGUUUGAAGUCGAAGACAUUUCUUACUCUAGCGGCCGGUCUUCACAGUUCUUGCUUUUUUCGUGCCCAUCAAUUGCUGCACCGUUUUCGAUAACAUCACCAUCGGGCCUUGAUAGGAUCUUUCCUGGCUACUUUCCCAAGCGCAGACAACCAACAAAACAAAGACCAGUGAUCACUCACGGUGGCAGUGCGAGACUUGGUGACAGAUCACGAUCGGAAGCCUCUUCAGCACCCGAAACGGUGUUGAAGCUUGCUUUUAGCUCUUUUAACGAACAGUGCAGCGGCAAAGAGGUGCUACGGGAAGUAGAUAUACAUCUUGGCUCGGUGCAAUUUAUCUUUGAUCAAUCAUACGUGUGCUCACUAUUGGAGCUAUUUGAACAGUCAUCUUCGCAGCUGAGAACGGUUCCCGAUUUGUCGCAAAGUCGUACUGAUGGCGGCUUUCCGCCUCCUGUCGAGCUUGCACCCACUAUUGAACAAGAAUACUCGAUACCAGUAAAUCUCACCGAGUCUGUUCGCGCAGAUCUGGAACGAGCCAGGAGAAACAUCUUUGGUCAGUCAUUUGAUCAACGAGAAUCCGCUUCAUUAUUACCUGAAGACAGUAGACCUGUUUCUUGCGCGCUGAAGUUUUGCCUCCGACUACACUCUGUUUCUCUUUGCCUUCUUGAUGGUGGAGAGUCCAUCGUUUCUGUGGCAUUUCUUAGCUCCCAAUUGCAUGUAAGCACAGAUAAAGGGAGGCAGAUCAAAUUUUCAGGCUUAUUGGGUGACGUGAGGGUGUUUGAUCUUACUUCGAUUCGGCGUCUACGUCAGAAAGAGGACUCUGAAAUCAAUGAUUCUGCAUAUCGCAGGUUCGUGGCCUCAUCUUUUGACUAUAUCGAAAUUAUUGGAUCAGGUGCGUCCUCGAUGGGUGAAAGGCAUAUUUUGAGUGUUGAGUGCUUAAUGUGCUUUCAUUUGGACUCAAAGUCACUUGCCCCCUCAGAACUCGAAAAACUAGCGAAAUCAAAAUUAUGUAUUUCAGUGCGACCCAUUCGUCUGCUUGCACAACCCGAAUUUAUGGAGAAUCUGGCAAAGUGUCUACUUGAUGGUCCGCUAUAUGCUCGCUUUUAUCCAGAGAAGCAAUCAUGUCUUGAUGCUGGCGUCAUGGUACAGCAUCAUAAGCGGGUGGACUCGCUAAAUGUCGAAAAAAAGCUGACUGCGCGAUUAACUCCGUUUUCUGAUCGUCCCUUUGAAAAUUCAACUCCAUUCUUUGACGCAGUCGAUGCCUCAAACAGAGAACCUGUACAGCUCAACUUAAAGACGAAAAAUACUCAGAGACUUUCACAAGAGGGUACUGUCGAUGAUGCUGACUUCAAUAAGCAAUGUAAUCACAGCAAUGAUUCUACAAAUGGCGAUGACAUGCUAUCAGUAAUUGCCCGACUCCUUGACGGCUUCGAUUUGGACAUCACGCUCUGUCAUCCAUCUGUUGUCUUCCCCUCAAUCUCAUUGCGAAAAUCACUGCAGCCUAUGCCAUCUCAAGGCAUCAUUUUAGACUUAGGAAUAAUUGCUGUCACAUUGAGGCAAGAAAAUUCAAAUGUCUCAGCUUCAGAUGAAGAGUGUGCAGGAAUUUUAUGUCAAGUAAACGUCGCAGUUGACGAAUUUCAAAUCAGGUCCAUUGCAAAUCAAAUUUCAAUUCUUGAGCGGUCAGGCUUUCAGAUGCGAUGCAUGACAUCUAUACAGGCGGAGAAAAGCAAUUCUAGUAUUGGUCGAAACAUGUGCACCAUUCCAGAGAUCGUGCUGGACUUGAAGAUUAAUCCUGUUUGUUUAAAUGUUAGCGAGGCAAUCGUGUGCUUGGUGCAGGAAAUAUAUCAUGAAACGAUUAUUUCCUUGGCUGACACAGCUAAGAGAGUGCAUCAAAAUGUGGAUAGAGCAGAGUCGAUAAGUUUAUUCGGUAGCCUACGCGAAAAGGAUGGACAUUUAAAAGAUACUUUGCCGGCUCAAAUGGACGUAACUGUGACCUGGGGACAAGUGACGAUUCAUUUCUUUCUUGUUGAGUUGAAAGUUGCACUUAUUUCGUUUUCCGAGGCACCUCAAGAAUUUGAGGUGUGGAUGAAAAAUAUUAUCGAUUUACCAGAUGAAGUGUCGUCUCGUGCAAGCAUUGGAGGGGCGUCAUUUAUGACUCAAGAAAAAUCAUUUCAUACGGGGCAAGGAGAAAGCACUUCAAAUGAAAUUCCGUGCUGUGUUAUUGGUGAAUUUGACUUUGUAUCAUGUAAGGCAGACGUAGUGCUAAAUUUGAAUUGCACGUUGUUGAGGGACAGCCAGUCCCAUUUCCAAUGCGACUUCUCCUUGGAUAAGGCCAUCUUCUGUGACAAAAUCGCUGAUUCUACAACCUUCCUGACUCAUUUGUAUGGCCCUGUUCCUGGAUCGCCUGCCAAGCAUUUAUACGACCUCACUUCUGCUGCGUCUAUUAGCUCGCAGAUACCGACAAAUACCAUAGGUCAUGCGUUACUUCUGCCUCCAGCGUCAACACAGAACGAAUCUUCACCACAAUUAAUAGGGCGAUUGGUGAGCGACUACAGCUUCGUGGACGGCGAUAAAUCUGCUGUAACGACAAAUUCGCUUGAAAUAUCUGUAUCUUCAGCACGCUUCAUCUUUCUUCCUCGGACACUCCUCCGAUUAGAACACUUUGUUUUUGACAUAUUCUUAGCUGCAAGCAAGAAGAGAGAUGAGUUUGAGCUUCAGCUAUAUGAGGCAAUGGCAAAUAAAUGUGAUGGAGUUGAGAACACCGAAUAUUUUGACGAUGAUGUUGCUAGCGCGAGGGGAGAAAAGAUAGAAGCGCAAAUUCCUCUUUCUCUUCUUCGACCACGAACUGAUAGCCUAUCCGAAGUAUCAAAUGAGGAUAUUGUUGCAGUUCGAUCUACAUCGAUGUCUCCGCUGCAACGCAUAUUAACUUCGACAAGUGCAGUAGAAAUCCAACCAACCGAAGGUAUCACGUCGUGUGUAAUUGUAAAAGAUUCUGAAAAUUCUGCUGCCUUGAAUGUGGAUGCAUUGGUAGCAGCCAAAGCUGUUGACAACAAGCAGUUUAGUGUUCCCCGAUGGAAAGUUAAUGCAUGUCUCUCAAAUUCGCAAAUAUGGAUGGUAUCGACCGAUCGCAAAGCUGACAUGGCUGCAUGCGUGUUUUCAUGUAAUGUGAACGCUAAAUUUGACAGCACACUUGCUCGCACUCAUUUGGCUACCGAUCCAAACCAUUGUGAGCUGGUGAAUGCAUCGGUUAUGCUUAGUGAUGUGGAGGUGUUGAUUCUUGUGCCAGCAGUCAGCGAUGUCGAGCAACAAAAACCAAUCUACCAGACAGGAACGCUUGUAGAGAAAUUUGAAGCUGAUUUUCGGCUUGCACUGCGGCAAUGCUCACGACCUGACCCCGAAAAUAUCGAUCCGGAAAGUGGUGAGAACAUAGAUUCAAUUAAUCAAGGGAUCGAAGUUGAGGUAACUGCAUCAAAAAAAAUUGCUCAAGACUCAAAAGAUGGCGUUUAUAUUGACACUGUGCCUAUCGACAAGAGUAUCUCAGAAUCAAUUUUUCAAAGCAUACUUUUAGCAAGGCAAGAACCGACCUUGCAGAUCGAUCAGAUUAUUUCGCAUAUUUCCUACCAAGACUUACCGCUUUUGCUAAAGGUUUUUGCGACCCUGACAAAUAUGCUUCGUGCGGAAAAUGAAGUUCGCGGUAUAUUUCUUGCUCAGCUUGGAGCAGCAGAUAAUUUUGACAGUGCUGAUGUCGGAGAAUAUUCCGAGUACGCGCACCACUUUGGUGCAGAUGAUGUCGAUGUAGCUGAACGUGAUAGUUUAUCAGGCGUCCAGCAUGAUAUACUGACGCGCAUGUCUGUGUUAUUAAAUCGUGUUCACUUUUGCCUGAUUAACAAUAUCGUUGACCAAGCAUCACCAGUUGUCGAGUUUGAGACGAAAAACAUUGAGCUCGUUUUGAGGGCUGAUUCGAGCUCGAUACUGGAAGUUGCUGCAUGCUGUACGAUUGAAGCAAAGUACCGGAACUUACGACUUGUAACUAUGGAGCCCCUUAUCGAACCUUGGAGCGUUAAGAUGAUGCUCUAUCAUCACGAAGUAAGUGAUAUUGAUGACAAAAAACGCGCAGAGACAUUCCCUUGGAGACUGAAAGUGUCAUCAGAUACACUUCUUCAGUUAAAUUUAACCGAUGCGUUGAUUGCAAAUCUGGUGGCUGCGGAUCGGGCCUGGCGAUGGGUUCACAAUGCUGGGAGCGAUUCGCGUGAAAUGACUGAAUAUUCCACAUACUGGAUCCGAAACAAUACUGGAAUGCCUUUAAGGUAUUGGCUUACAUCAGGCGAUGAGCAAUUUCUCGCACCUGGUCAAGAGAAGCCACUUCGCUUUCACGACGUGCCAUUCAGCAGUCAUAUACAUUAUGACGAGAAACAGCGAAAGCCUGGUCGACUUAAUGCGAACGCGAACAAGCGGCAGCUUUUUAUAGCUGUUGAAGAGGAGUAUCCGAGUGACAAUGUGUUGAAUUUCAAACGAAAAUGGCAAAGUGAAGUGCACAUUCCUGUUGACCAAGUUGACUCGCGAAUGUUUGCUUUGGUAGAUACUGAAGCUGAAAGUGUUGCUUCGCAAGUAAGAAAGUGUGAGUGCGUCAUUGAUGUGUUCGUGGAGCGUGGGUGUAAAUAUUUUGUGGUGCGUUCAACUCUGCUUCUCGAAAAUCAAACUUCAUCGGACUUGGAAGUCGAGUUUGUUUCUCCCCAAGUUUCGAUGUCAAGGUCGCCGGAAACAGAAAGGAUUAUGCCAGAGCAUACGGUUCCGGUGUGGAAGAAGAUUGUGAAGGCUUUCUCCGUUGUUCCUGUUCCGGUGCAUUUAGUAUCCUACAGUGAAUGGCAUGUAUUGGUGCGGCCUCCAAUAAACGAUGAGACGGUUGCUGUAGACGGUUCUGAUACUGGCAUGCUACCGAGGGCUUACGCCAAAGAACGUGUAAAACUUCCGCUUUUCGAUCGAAGUAGUGUUUCUGCGUUCGAGAAUAUGCCGCAGAUGGGAACUAACGAAUCCGUUAAAACUGAGUGCACGAUCAAGUUUCGACGACUGCAUAGUGAUCGACCUGUCCGUCCAUUCAUGAUGAAUGCUUGCCUUUCUAGCGCAAGCGAUGCAUUGUAUCAUCGCACCCUUUCAUUUUACCCGCCAUUGAUUGUACAUAAUCUAACUGCUGGGCCCUUAGACUUCUGCUUAGCAACACCAAGUGAUUGGUCUCCUGCAGCUAAGGCCGUGCCGCUGGCGAAUGCAGGAGAUCAUGCUGGAUGGGAGACUCGCGAGCAGCGUUUGCGGGAACGCGGGACCAUCAAUGUCGCUGAUUCCCUUUUUUGGCAUUUGUCGAGUGAAGAUACGCCACUUGUGUUAAGCGUGCGAAUGAAGAGAUUCGACUGGAGUGAGACGCUUGAGCUGAAAAAAGAUUUACCAAAUUCUGUUCGGAUCGGCAUGAAGGACCUUGUGAGUAAUGCGCGACUUUAUGUCAAUGUAGAUAUUCGGGUGAGGAAAGGUUACAGCCGGGAAUUGAUUCUUUACGUUCCUUACUGGAUCGUUAAUUUGACGGGUCUGAAAUUAGAGUACGAAUACGAGAAAGAUCGAAUGGGAUGGGAACACUCUACCUCAAUGUUAGCAGGACAGAAACGGUUAGAUCGUGACGAGAUCUUACUCAAAGAAAUUCAAAGCGCGAAAGCAUCUAGUCGAGAAUCGAAUCCCCAUAUAAUCCAUCCUAUUCUUGAAAAUGAUAAAACUGCGCAAAAGCGCAUUGCAUGUGAUCGCCAUGCUUCUCGUAAUCUUCCAGAUGGCGAGCGCAAGAGACGCCAUCCGCGACUUCUUCCAAGCUUACCUCCUAUCAAGGGUUUGCUUGACCUUCUGCCGAAGUCGAUCGAGCAUGACCUGCGAAACCUUGGGCAACUGCAGAUUUUACAAGUAUGUCAUUCGAGUUACAAAAUGAAACGUAGUCACGUUCGUUUGCGAGUCAGUAGUGAAAGCGAAACUACAGCCACAAAUGUGAAGAAGGAGAACGGGCAACGAAGUUGGUCCAAUUCUUUCAUGUUGGACCAGGUGGGCACGAGCGGCGAAAUAGAAGCAAUUGACUUCGAGGCGAGUAGAAAAUUUUGCAUAGGCUACUCAAUUUUACCAGCAAAAGGCCAAUUCUCACGAACAAAGGUGAUCAUGCUGACGCCACGUUUCGUACUUGUCAACACGAUGAGUAGUGCAGUCGAGGUGUGUCACUCGUCGCCGAAAGUAAAUUUGCCGGAGAUCAAUGCAACUACCGCCAAUGGCUCAAUACCGGGAUCUGGAGAAUUGUCUCCGCUCUAUCAUAUAGUUCACUUGGAAUCUGGAGCAUUUGCGGAUUUCCAUUGGAGUCUUCGAUACGCUAAGACACGCACAAUCCGUUGUCGUUUUGCAAAGUAUGGCUGGUCUUGGAGUGGUGCGGUCCCAUUAGUGGAGUCUGGUGAGUAUGCUAUUCGGAUGCGCCAUGGGUCCACGCGGGAAAGCAAAUUCGUUCGGAUUACGUUAAAGCUGGAUACUCCAAGCAUUUGCGUGUAUUUCCGAGAAGAAAGUACGACAACACCGCCGUAUCGAGUAGAAAACUAUUCGCUGGAAACGCUUCGAAUGCACCAACACCGUGUUCGACGUAGCGAAAUUUUACUGCCACACCACAGCCUAGAUUAUGCUUGGGAUGAACCAACGGAAGAACGUUUGCUUGUUGUUGACAUGCUGCCGUCCGCUGCUGGUGAUAAUAGUCGACCAUUGCGCAUCGGGAGUUUUGAUUUGGACCGCAUUCAGCGAUAUCCCGAUGCACUCGGCGGCACAUUGGGUAUUGAACUAUCCACUGAUGGACCAACUCGUGUCCUGCGUUUUACAGAUACGCGAUUACGUGAAGAGAGGGCAGUGCAAAGUAGUACCAAUAAUCAAUCAAUAAUGACGGAGAAGGGUGAAAUUAAUGCUCUACACUUGUUCAAGCGCUAUGUGGCAGUUCCUACAGUGCAAGCAGUAUUGCAUCUGCAAGGUGUGGGCAUAUCAAUCGUUGACAACGCCCCAAAGGAACUAAUGUACAUUUCGGCGUCUGGUAUCGCAUUGGAUGUCUUACUUUCGAAAGGUGAUCAAUCCAACAGCAAAUCUUCGGUUACUGACAGCGCUGAGGAAAUGUCACGACUCGAACGCCAAACCCAAUCACGGAUUCUUGCAUGCUGUCUUAAGGUGAGUGACAUUCAAAUUGACAACCAGUUGCAGGGGACCUCAUACCCAGUGUUUCUUCGCUUCUCAAAUCCAAAUGGUCAAUCUCGAAUCGUCAGUAAUGGAGGCAUGAGUGGUCCCGUUAUGCAAGUGGGCCUUGUGAAGCACGAUGAGUACGCCGGUAUCGAUUUUAUCAGACAUUUCAGCGUGAGCAUUUUGCCGGUGCACAUUCGCGUCGACGGCGCACUGUUAUAUCAAAUGCUUCCGCUUCUGGUACAUUUUAAAGUAAAUGGUAGCAGCGGCAAAACUGAUACAACUGCGAAAACGAAGGCAAAUUUGCUACGAAAUAGUGACAGUGACGGCACUCGAGCUGCGUACAGCCAUUUGUUGCUUAAGGAAUUCAAUUCCAGUCUUGAAAUACCCGUGAAGGUGCUUGAAGCAGCUCAAAAAGACAACACUAUGUCAGUGAAGCCAGCUUCUAGUUUGACGACGUCAUCCAUAAAUACCGGCACUCGUAGAAAUAGCACUCAGCAGCAGCCAAUCAAACCACGUCACAAUCAGCGCACUCCCUUAGCAGCGGAGAUUCAGCGCUCUACGGCAGCCAAAUACGGUAACUACGGUGUCAUUGUUGGAAGCGGCGAACAGAAAAAGCUUUACUUUGAAGAAUUUCAAAUCGAUCCUAUCCGCGCUACCGUCAGCUUUUCGUUUGGUGAUAGUGCGGGCGCCAUCCUCGACGGCCGCUUGUCGUCAAUAUCGCAUACAGUAGCAUUGACAGAUCUGUCAUCGUCGCAAGUUUCAUCAGUGAUCACGGUUGGCCCCCUUCGAUUGAUUCUGAAUGCAAUUGGAACAAGUCUGUCUAAGAUUGCAAAUGCUUCAUUUCAUUUGAAAGCAUUACACAUUUGUAAUUCUUUUGUCCAACCGGAUGCUUUGGCUACACGAUUAGCAUCUCAUUACCAAAGUGAGGCACUUCGCCAGGCAUAUGUUAUACUUGGAAGUGUUGAUGUGCUGGGCAACCCCAUGAUCGCCUGGACGAAUGUGCGCAACGGUUUCCGGGACUUCAUUUCGAAGCCAGCGCUUGGUCUUUACCAGCGAAGUCCCCAAGCUUUCGCUUUCGGCUUGGGUCGUGGUUUGAUCUCUCUCGUGCGUGCAUCAGUGUACACCUUCUUAGACUUCAAUACACGUAUUUUGACAGCCUUUUCGCUCGGUCUCUCAGAAGCUUGUAUUAAAUUGGACGAAUACACUGGCUACCCAGCGACGCGGCAUAUAUUUCAAGGUCUCGUGCAAGGUCUUUCAGGUGUCGUGGUGGCCCCAAUUCACUCGUUUGAGAUUAACGGAGCUCGUGGUGUAUUACCUGGCCUGAUUGCAGGAGCAUUUGGACUUGUGCUAAAGCCACUGCUUGGAUUCUCGUUGGCUACAGCCUCGACUGCAACUACUCUACGUGAUGCCAUUGAUCCGAGGACGAAAGCCUUAUUGAUACGGGUCCGACCGCCACGCCACAUUGAUCUGCGGACAAAGCGACUAACAAUUUACUCGUACGUAGAUUCUUUGGGCGAUGAGAUUGUGAGCAAGAUACGCGGGGGUUGUUAUCGUACAGAUGGAUAUUUGGGCCAUAUUGACCUCAAAGACACUCACCAGUGCAUUUUGGUCACUCGUAAGCGCAUUCUGUUUUUAAAUGUUAAAGGCACUGCUUCGGUCCAUACUAGUAAGUACGACGUUGUAUGGGAGCUACUGGCUGAAGAGGUUGUCGUUGUGGACUGUUCGAAGACACUGGAGGAGCAGAUUGUAACUUUCUACUAUAUGGAGAAUGAGUUUUACACAGCAAGCAAUGCACGAACUAAUGCAAUAGUAACGAAAGGAUCGACAACUGCGGCCACUCGUCGUCGAUGGACUCCUGGUUUACCGCGUGGAAUGUUUGUGCACAAACACGAGGUAGCGCUGCCACAAUCCAAGGUGUUGUUUCUUCGCGCCAUGUUGCAACAGCAAGAUCGCUCCUUGCUAACAAAGAUGGAUAGUUGCUCGAAUGAAAAGCACAUCGGCUCUCUAUCUUCACUGGGUCGGACAAACUCGCGAGAGCUGAACACAGUGUGGCAACCCCAAUUCCCGAAAGCAAGUUUGAAUUAUCCCAUUUUUCGCAUCCCUCCGUCGCUAAAUCAAAAUCGCAGUUUCGCAAAUCUUGCGCAGAUGACAUCAUCCGUGCAAAAUUAUAAUAUCUAG